AUGCUACAGAGAUUGUCUAGGACAGCACGAGCAACACGAAUUCAAAUAGCAAAAAGAGGAAAUGCAACGCUGAGCUUCGAGGGAAAGGUUGCAGUUGUAACAGGGGCUGGGAAUGGACUUGGUAGAGAAUACGCCCUUGAACUUGGAAAACGAGGAGCAAGCGUCUUUGUCAAUGACUUUGGCGGUUCCGUUCACGGUGCAGGUAUUCGUCAUUUCCGCUUCGUUUGGGCGAUAUUAAAAAUUUUAUCGUCAGGUGGAUCAACAUCGGCAGCAGACGCGGUGGUCGCCGAGAUCAUCGCAGCUGGCGGCUCAGCCAAGGCAAACUAUGCUAGCGUCGAACAGCCCAGCGAAAUCAUUGAUCCAGUCUUGGAGGAGUUUGGGAAAGUCGAUAUUCUCAUCAACAAUGCGGGCAUUUUGAGAGACAAGAAUAUCCUCCGGAUUAGUCAAGAAGACUGGGACGACAUAAUCUCCAUCCACCUGACUUCCGCCUUCAAGCUCUCGCAGCAAGUCUUCCCAGUGAUGAAGCAGAACAAAUUCGGCAAGAUUAUCAACACUACAUCCGCAUCAGGCCUCUACGGCAACUUCGGGCAAGUAAACUACUCCGCCGCCAAGAUGGGCCUCGUUGGAUUGACAAAAACACUGUUUUUUUUAGAAACUGGCUCCGUCUUCGAAGUAGCCGCUGGCUGGGCUGCGAAGAUUCAAACCGAGAGCGCUGCCGGCGCCGUUUUCGCAAAAUCCAAAGAGGAAGCGACGCUGGAAAGUGUGCAGCAACAUUUUGAGGCAAUGUGCGAUUUUGAAAGAGAUACAGUCAAGCUGGACUCCGGAUCGCCUCUUUUCGCGGCUGGCUUAGCGAUAUUUGCGUGGGUGCCACUGGCCAUCUUAGAGAGUGAUUUUUCGAAAAUUUCAAAGUUGUACCUAAAACAGAGCAUAUCAGAGACGAUGUCCGAUUCCAGUCUCAGAAACAGAUGGAAGAGAUUACGAAGGCGUAGAACAACCGAUGGAGUGACCAACCGAGUUCCUCCAGUCGAGCGAAAGUCUUCCGAAUCAGAGAACCUGCCCCGGCUAAUCGAAGAACAGGCAGUCAUAACAGCGCAAAUAACUUCAACCCUCAACGAAAAAGACACCUCAAAACAACAAAAAUCAGUUCAAGAUGUUCUCACGGAAAGCAGGACGAGAAACACGAGGAGGAGGUCCGUCAAGCGACAGAACUCCGACGACGAAUCUUCUGUUCAACAAACUAGCAAGCGCAGGUCGAUGGGACCCGAAAACACAUCCUCAGUGAAAAUCGUCCGCGACGAAGAUGUCCGAAAAAUGAUAGCUCUCGAAACUGCCUCUGAUGAUAGAAUCGAACCUCUCCCCGAAUUCACCAACGAAAAAGAAAGAAAGAAGUUAAAAGCGAAGAGGAGGCGGUCCAUAGCAACUCCAACUGUAAAUUCGAUACAGGAAAAAUCAGAGACGCCUGUAAAGGACGAAAUAAAGCUUCCGAACUUGGAAAACUUACUGACGCCCGAAACAGACGAAGAAAACUCGACAGAAGGAGCUCUUCCGAUCAAAGAAUCCGCCAAGCGUUGUUUUCCAUACCAGGAGCUGUACAGGGGGAUGGUGACGGAUAUCAAAGACAAGGCCGUCCCGUGUUCGAUUUACAAUCCUCAAGAUCCAGAAACAGAAGGCAAGGUAAUGGAGCGACACAGGUGUGUUCUGAUAGAAUGGCUACUGGAAGUCGCUACUGAAGAAAAAUAUAGAAGAACAACCUUUCACCUGGCAAUAAGCUUACUGGACCGAUACAUGUUCCACCGAGAAAUCAUUCCGAAAAGCCAGCUGCAGACUUUGGGCACUUCCUGCCUCUACCUCGCCGCCAAGAUGGAAGAAGUCACGCCUCCGGACAUCUAUCGACUUGUAGAAUACUCAGAUGGGGCAGUUACAAUUGACGAUCUUGUCAAAAUCGAAUUCGACAUGCUGAGACAUCUAAAAUGGAGAGUAGAAGCUCUUACACCACUUUCUUUCAUCCUUCUCUUUUGCCAAGCACCAGAGUUUUGGACAGAAGAUUCAGUAAUGCCCCGCUUCAACGAGAAACUACUGUGUUUCUGCGCAACGAUCCUGGAUCUAAUGAAGCUGGAUCCUGAAUCGUACCAGUGGACUGCGGCGGUUCUCGGCGGCUCAAUUUUCAUCCGAGUUCUUGAAUUCGUCGAGGUGCACCGAGAAAUCCGGCAAGAAAUGAACAACGAUUGCAGUAUGGAACUUACGGACAGCAAGAUCACCGAGUUGAUUAGCUCUACUCUCGCUUGCCAUGAUUCAGACCUCCAGAACAAUUGCUGCGACGAAUACGUAACGCCCUUCGUUGCGUAUUUCAUGAAAGAUAUCCUGAAUAAAAUCAAGUCUGGCGAAAACGCAAGACUACCACCUCCGAAACAAGUUGCCUCAAAAGGAUGCACAGUAGAAGCCUCAAGACUACAGACGAAUUUCUACGGAGAACAGGGCGUUUUUAUUACGAUGCGUGAUAUUCGCUCACUCAAGGACAAAUUCAUACUUGUCUCCUCAAAAGGCGACGCAGAGCUCAAAAAAUUCGCCGAGAAACUGAACAUCCCUUUCGAAUUCCUCCGCUGCAAGAAGUACCGCAAACGCCUAUCAAAAUCGACGACAUCCUGA